AUGUCGCACCGAUCUGCCAUUAGAAUCGCUUAUCGUGAUGUUUCGACAGAACCAUACAGUGUUAUUGUAGAUUCUCAAAGGACAGGCAAAAUUUUGUUGUUCCAGUCUUCGGCAGUCACGACUAUCUCUGAUAGGGAAUCAGUGUCAGCACUAAGAAAAAACCAUGCAAAACUUAUGGACGCCAGAGGUCUGGUCGGUGUGUUACGAUCAGGCCAAGAUGAUGCGUACUUGAUAGCAGUCACCGAGGAUGAAAAUGUUGGCGAAUUACGCAGCUGUAAAAUUUAUCGUAUUUGGAGUGUUAACGUAAUAUCUCUGAAAGUAACGACUCCAGUAAACUCAACCGAUACUAAAAUUAACGAUUUAUUGCGCUUGUUUUCGUCUGGCAAUUUCUAUUAUGCUUCACAAGAUGAUUCAAGCCGAUUUGUCGAUUUAACUAUCAGAUCCCAUAAGUCUAUAAAUUCUUUGGAUGGAGACAAAAAAAUUUACAGGAAUAAACACCUUCAUUUUCCUUUAAAACGAUAUGGGGUUGAUGCUAAUGAGUGGCUGUUGCGCAUUAUUUGUGGAGCAGUUGUUAUCUGUCAAGUGUACGUAGGACAAGUGCGUGCUACAGUAGCGUUGAUUUCACGUUUAAGCUGUGAAAGAGUUGGAACACGUUUCAACGUGCGGGGCGUAAAUGACGAUGGUCAUGUUGCAAAUUUUGUAGAAACUGAACAGAUUAUAGCACUGGGUCCCGAUGAAACUUCAUUUGUACAAAUAAGAGGUUCUGUUCCUCUUUUCUGGGAGCAACCGGGCAUCAAUGUUGGUUCACACAAAGUGAAGUUAAGAGCUUUUGAAGCUUCAUCCCCAGCAUUUAUAAGGCAUUUUCGUUUUUUAAAAGAUGAGUAUGGUGAGAUAACAAUAGUAAACCUUCUUGGUUCUAAAGAAGGUGAAAUUUUGUUGUCCAGAGCAUAUGAGGCACACUACAAAAAUUCGAAUUGUUGCACCGACUAUAUAACAUUUGAUUAUCAUGAAGAGAAACGAAAUUGUUGGAAAUUAUUGGAAAGAUUAAAUUCAACAAUUACGAAAUGUAUGUUUUAUCAGCAACGGAACGGGAAUGCUGUUGUCAACCAGAUUGGAGCUAUUCGUGUUAAUUGUCUUGACUGUUUGGAUAGAACUAAUGCGGUACAGACCCUUAUUGGACUUCAGGUUUUAAUUUCACAGUUAAAAAAUCUGGGUGUUGAUAAAAAAUAUUUUUCACGAUUCGAAGAGCGUUUGAAGGAGAUAUGGCAACGUAAUGGUGACUCCUGCAGUGUGAUCUAUGCUGGAACUGGUGCAUUGGAAGGAAAGAGUAAAAUGAAAGAUGCGCGAAGAACACUAGUGCGUACAAUUCAGAACAAUUUUUUGGAUGCAGCUAAGCAAGAAGCGUUUGAAUUUCUUCUCAAUGAAUCAUCUGUCUAUGACCCUCUUUAUAGCGAAUUAACUUCUAUGGUGCCCCGUCAUAUUCUUCAAGAAUGUCCAUUAAUUGUAAAAGAUCUCAUGAAACGGAAAGAGGAGAUGAUUGACAUGGUCCCUUUAAUAUUAUGGGCGGGAACCUGGAAUGUUAAUGGCGGGAAAAAUUUUUCUGAUACUUCUUUUCGUAAUCAAACAAAUUUGGCGGAGUGGUUAUUCCCAGAAAAGUUUUUUGGUGACACACUUGGAGAAAACAUCGCACUUCCGGACAUAUACGUGGUUGGUUUGGAGGAGAUUAUAGACCUAAAUGCUACGAACAUUGUCAAUGCUAGUACCACAAAUCAGCGAGCAUGGGCUCGUGGUUUACGGGAAACAUUGCUAAAGCGAAAUAAAUACGUACUCUUAGGAUGUGAACAGCUUGUUGGUGUUUGUGUUUUUGUAUUUAUCAGGCCGUCGCUUGCUGCAGCAAUACGCGAUAUGUCAAUAAGUAGUGUUAAAACAGGAAUGGGUGGAACAACCGGGAAUAAAGGUUCAAUUGCUGUGAGUCUUACCAUAUAUUCCACUACAUUUUGUUUUGUUUGCUCACAUUUGGCAGCUGGUCAAAAUGAAGUUCGUGAUCGUAAUGAGGAUUAUAUGAGUGCGUUGAAGAAAAUAAGAUUUCCUCAGGGUCGCAGUAUUCUGUCGCAUGUUGUUGUGUUUUGGAUGGGUGAUUUUAAUUAUCGAAUAAACUUGUCUCGCGAUGAAGCUGAAGCAGCAAUAAAAACAGGGAAUAUGAUGGAACUUUUUCGUUACGAUCAACUUUCUCAGCAAAAAGCUCUGGGUGAAGUCUUCAAAAAUUUCAAAGAAGGUCCUUUGAUUUUCGCUCCCACCUACAAGUAUGAUACAUUGAGUGAUGAAUAUGACUCGUCAGAAAAAUGUCGCAUUCCUGCUUGGACUGAUCGAAUUCUUUGGAAGGAAGCAGAUGACUCGAAGGUUGUACGACUGUUAGGUUAUGACCGAAUAGAGCUAAGAACUUCUGACCAUCGACCGGUUUGCGCUCUAUUUCUUGUCGAUGCGUAUAAAAUCAACCUCACUCAAUUUGGUUUGGUUUUCAAAGAUGUGCUUAGCUCGAUGGGGCCUCCAGAUGCUACCGUGUUGGUAUCUGUAUGUGGCUGUGAAAAUUUUCCAGCUGAGUUUCGUGUAUCUGUGAUUGAAAAACUUGACCAACUUGGAAUUUCUCCGUCUAUUAGCAAGAUCGAGUCUGGUAUGCUGUGGUUAAUUUUCAACAGUUGUGAUAUGGCUUUAGCAGCAUUAAGUUUGGAUGGGGUGAAGAUUGGAAAUCAUUCGCUUACAGUUCAGCUCCUGUCUCCAGAUUGGGCUGAAGUGGAGUAUGCUGAAUUGAUUAAAAUGUUACGAAAUGUGAAAGAAGACAUUAGUGUUGAAUUCAUCGAGUUCAGAAAUGCAGAUAACUUCGAAAUUAGUGAUGGAGAUGACGUACUGAUAAAAAAUGAAUCUGAUGUUCAUCAAUUACCGAAGCAAAGGUCAGCUUCAUUAAAUCGGCGUGAUAAAGAUCUCACGCUACCAAGUCUGCCAAAUGCAACCUUUACGUCAGUUUCAUCACCUUUACCAAAUGAUAAUCAAAUUUAUGGACCACUGAAUGAUAUUAUGCUUAUUAAUUCGAUAUCUCCAGCAUUACCAAGAGUGCGACAGCUCCCACGGUCUGAAGAAUUCAAUCUUAUGUGUAUUCCACCACCCAUACCACCACGAAAGGAUUCUGUGAGGAAAUAA